AUGCAGUACCUUACAUUCUUUUGUUCUCUGUUUUUGAUCCUCUUCUUUAGCAGUUGCCUGGUUUUGUGCUAUGACGGGCUACUCUACGACUCUUAUGCUUGUACACAAUGUAAACUGCACCCCGAGGAGCCACUUUACAACGGUGGUAUCCUCAAAGAUCAAGUUCCAAAUUUCCUACGAAGUAUUCUGGAUAAUGGAAAUCAAGUUUCUUGCCGGGCUUUUUUGUUGCAAAACCUCACCGCAGGCAACAGAUAUUGUUUUUCAGUAUGGAUCAAGGUAAACAAUGGAGAUUCAGCUCUCAUAAGGGCUAGUCUUAUGACAGAAGAAACUACCCUAAGUUGCAUAGGAACUGUUAUUGCCAAGCAAGGUUGCUGGUCAUUUCUCAAGGGUGGAUUUGUAUUGACAUCAUCAUCAAAAUUAUCUAAGCUAAAUCUUCAGGAUUCAGCUGGCAGAGAUAUCGACAUAGAGAUUGCAAGUGCUUCUCUGCAGCCAUUCACUGUGGAGCAAUGGAGUUUGAAUCAGCAGACUAAAAUCUACAAGGAAAGGAAGCGUGCAGUUAUUAUCCAUGUAUCAGACAGGCAGGGAGUCAAAUUGCCAGGGGCCGAAAUUACGGUAGAGCAAGUUAUAAAAGAUUUCCCAUUUGGAUCUGCUAUAGCUAAGACUAUCAUUGGAAAUUCACGCUACAAGAAAUGGUUUACAGAAAGAUUCAAUGCAGCAGUUUUCGAAAAUGAGCUCAAGUGGGAUGCAACAGAACCCAAUCCGGGGCACGUUAACUACACGAUACCUGACCAGAUGCUGGAAUUUGUUCGAGCAAAUCAGAUAAUCACGAGAGGCCACAAUAUCUUCUGGGAGAACCCCAAGUCAUCACCACAAUGGAUUCUUAACCUAACAAAUCUUGAACUGCAAUCUGCUGUCUCCUCCAGAAUUCAAAGUCUAAUGAGCAGACACAAAGAAGAAUUCAUUCACUGGGAUGUUAGUAAUGAAAUGCUUCAUUUCGACUUCUACGAGCAACGGCUUGGACCGAACGCCACCCUGCAGUUUUUUGAGAAGGCACAUCAAAUAGAUCCAUUAGCCACACUUUUCAUGAAUGAAUAUAAUGUGGUGGAAACUUGCAAUGAUGUUAAUUCCACAGUGGACACGUACAUAUCAAGAAUGACAGAGCUAAAGCGAGGUGGUGUAACGAUGGAUGGAAUUGGACUUCAGGGUCAUUUCGAUGUGCCAAACCCUCCUCUAAUGAGGGCUAUCCUUGACAAAUUGGCCACUCUUGGCCUUCCAAUUUGGUUAACAGAAGUUGAUAUCAGCAAACAAUUCAGCAAAGAGAGUCAGGCAAUUUAUCUAGAAGAAGUGUUGAGAGAAGGCUUUUCACAUCCUGCUGUCAAUGGGAUAAUACUCUGGACAGCCAUCCGCCAAAACAGUUGUUACCAAAUGUGCCUAACUGAUAACGACUUCAACAAUCUGCCGGCAGGUGACACUGUCGACAAGCUCCUAAAAGAGUGGCAAACCGGGGUUUUGGAAGGUGAAACCGACGAGUAUGGUUCAUACAGUUUCUCCGCUUUCUUGGGUGAAUACAAGUUAAUGUUUAAGCAGAGUAUGAGAAGCCAUCUAUUCAUUUUGUUAUUGGGACUGUCCCUCCGUAUGGGAUCUCCAUUAGCAGCUUAUGAUGGCCCCAUAUAUGAUUACACUGCUUACACUCAGUGCAAAUUAUCACCAGAGGAUCCACUCUACAAAGGUGGAAUCAUCAAGAAUCAGGCUCAACAAAUCCACAAUAACAUCAGUUUGUCAGGAACUGCUGUAAAAUCCCCCGUUUUUGUGUUUUACAAUCUAACUGGAAACACAAUCUACUCCUUUUCCAGUUGGGUUACGAUAAACGGUGCAGAUUCAGCUGUGAUAAAGGCAACAGUGACAACAGAUAACAUCACUUUUAAUUGUAUGGGAACCGUUAAUGCCAAGCUUGGCUGCUGGUCAUUUCUGAAAGGUGGAUUUGUUAUGGAAUCCCCAGCGAAUUAUGCUCUCAUAUAUUUUCAGAAUUUUGAUGGGGGACAGAUCAAUAUAACUAUAUCCAGUGCUUCUCUGCAGCCGUUCACUGGUCAGCAAUGGAGAAUAAACCAAGAACAAAUAAUAAACACUAUAAUGCGAACUAUUUUAGCCUAUGCUUAUAUUAUUUCAAAAAAUCAGGAAAGAAAACGAAUGGCCACAUUACACAUAGCAGAUGUUGAUGGAAACAUGCUGCAAGGAGCUACAAUCGUUGUAGAGCAAGUUUCCAGAGAUUUUCCAUUUGGAUCUGCCAUAGCACAAACAAUUUUAGGAAAUUUGCGAUAUCAGAAUUGGUUCAUUGAGCGGUUCAAUGCUGCAGUGUUUGAAGAUGAACUGAAAUGGUACUCCACUGAACCUAAACCCGGAGUGGUCAACUAUACAAUACCAGAUCAAAUGCUAGAAUUCGUUAGAAGGAACCAGAUCAUAGCCAGGGGGCAUAACAUUUUCUGGGAAAAUCCAAACUUCACUCCAUCUUGGGUUCGUAAUCUCACAGGUCCUGAACUUCAGACUGCUGUUAAAUUUAGAAUACGAAGCUUAAUGAACCACUACAAGAAUGAGUUCAUACAUUGGGAUGUCGACAAUGAAAUGCUUCACUACAAUUUCUAUGAGCAAAGACUUGGUCCCAAUGCUAGUCUGAAAUUUUUCGAAACAGCCCAGAAAUCAGAUCCACUUGCAAGGUUGUUUAUGAACGAAUUCAAUGUUUUAGAGACUUGUGAUGAUCAGAAUGCUACAGUUGAUGCUUACAUUUCAAGGUUAGGAGAACUUGGGAGAGGUGGAGUGUCAAUGGAUGGAAUUGGCCUCGAGGGCCACUUUACUGUACCAAACCCUCCUCUAAUCAGAGCAGUGCUAGACAAAUUGGCUAUCCUAGGACUUCCCAUUUGGCUCACAGAGGUGGAUAUCAGCAAAACAUUAGAUCAAGAAACACAGGCCAGAUAUCUAGAAGCAGUGUUGAGAGAAGGUUUUUCACACCCUUCAAUCAAAGGAAUUAUGCUUUGGACAGCAUUACAUCCUUAUGGGUGUUACCAGAUGUGCCUAACAGACGACAGUUUUCAAAACCUUCCAGCUGGUAACGUUGUUGACUCCCUCUUGAAGGAGUGGCAAACUGGUGUCUUGGAAGGACAGACAGAUGACCACGGUUCGUUUAGCUUCGGUGGAUUUUUAGGUGAAUACAGGGUGAUUGUCAACUACGGAAACAGAACAGCAAAUUCAUCAUUCUCGCUUUGUCAAGAUGAUGAGACCAAACAUUGGAAUAUUCAGUUGUAG